AUGGAGUGCGGGACAAGAGAAAUCUUGCUGCUCUUGCUGCUCUUGCUGCUCUUGCUGCUCUUGUUGCGAUGCCCAUCUCUUGUCUCAAACUCCAACCGUGCCCACUGGACCAUGGGUGCUAUGCUUUGCAGCUCUCUUACUGGUACUCGUUCUGAAAGCUCAUUCGGCAUUCCACCACCGUCCAAGAGUAUCAACCGGUACACGACCAUGCCAUGCCAUGCCAUCUUAGCCAAGACGAAAGAGCCAAGGCAGAAAUCACAAGCUAGUGAUUUCUCAACAAACCGCCAUCUCGCCGAAGGCAAGAAUGUCUGUAUCAAGGUUCAGCUGGUUCGUCACAUCUUGGCGCCUAGAGUUAGCGGUCGUCGCGAUAACCUCAAAGGGUCAACUCCAUCUUGGCGGCUCUUGGCGCUUGACCAAUGA